AUGAAGCUGAAGCAUGCCUGGGACGUAUGGGGGGAGUGGGAGAUCCGCGUGCUAGUCCUCUCCAGCCUCGCCCUGCAGGUCUUCCUCCUCUUCGCCGGCGGCCUGCGCAAGCGCGUCGCCGAGUGGUGGCUGCGCAUGCCGCUCUGGCUCGCGUACCUGCUGGCCGACUACGUCGCCAUCUACGCGCUGGGCAACCUGUCCCAGAACCAGAAGCUCUGCGACGGGUCCCGGGACGCCGAGAUGCACGUGCUCGUCUUCUGGGAGCCGUUCCUCAUCCUCCACCUCGGCGGCCAGGACACCAUCACCGCGUUCGCCGUGGAGGACAACGAGCUCUGGCUGCGCCACUUGCUCAGACUCGUGUCGCAGGUCGUCCUCGCCGGGUACGUGUACUGGAAGUCGCGCCCGGGCGUCCGGCUCAUGGUCCCGGCGGUCGUCAUGUUCGUCGCCGGCGUGACCAAGUACGGCGAGCGGACGCUGGCGCUCCGGGCGGCGAGCAUGGGCAGCCUGCGCAGCUCCAUGCUGACGCCGCCGGACCCGGGCCCCAACUACGCCAAGUUCGUGGAGGAGUGCCAGUCGAGGAGGGACGCCGGGCUGGUGGCCAAGAUCGUCAUCGUGCCGGAGCGGCCUCCCGACGACGACGCCCACGUCGAGGUGAAGCGGGUGGCCUACUGCGACCUGGUGUACAGCGCGCACCGGCUCUUCCACACCGUCCGCCGCCUCUUCGUGGACCUCAUCCUCAGCUUCCCGGACCGCAUCGACAGCCUCGCCUUCUUCCGGAAGCUGGAGAUGGAGCAGGUGUUCAAGGUCGUGGAGAUCGAGCUGGUGCUCAUGUACGAGUCCCUCCACUCCAAGGCCCCGACGCGAGGCUACGGCUACACGAGCGUCGACGUCGACAUCUCCUACGUGCUGCUGGGCGGCGCCGUCUUCCUGGAGACCUACGACAUCCUCCUGAUGGUCAUCUACCCCUGGAGGUACGCCGACCUGCGGGCCAGCGAGCGGCUCCGGCCGGCGGCGAAGGCGGUGUUCUGGCUCAUCGAGUUCUUCCAGCCGGAGACGAGGCCGAGGUGGUCGGACCAGAUGUCGCAGUACAACCUCAUCAGCUACUGCCUCAGGGACGAGCGCCGCUGGUACAAGGAGCUCAUGGAGUGGCUGGAGUGGAGGUGGAACAUCCGCGUGAAGACCAUGUGGGACAGCUGGAGGUACACGAAGAAGAUCGCCGUGUCGGAGCCGCUGAAGCGCCUCCUCAAGGGCCUGUACAAGCAGCUGGGCUGGAGCGUCGACUGCGAGUUCGACGAGAGCAUCCUCCUCUGGCACAUCGCCACCGACCUCUGCUUCUACGCCAACCCUGAGAACGCCGGCGGCGGUCCGGAACGCCAGGACGCUCUGCCGGCGCUGAGCAGGGAGAUAUCCAGCUACAUGCUGUUGCUCCUGGUGAUGCGCCCGUUCAUGAUGACGGCGAGCAUCGGGCAGAUGCGGUUCGGGGACACCUGCGCGGAGGCCAAGAGCUUCUUCCGGCGAGCCGACGAGGCGGGGUGCGCGGACAGGCUCCGGGCCGUGAACACGUCCAUCGCGGAGCCGCGGGACGUGAAGGGGGACCGGAGCAAGUCGGUGCUGUUCCAGGCGUGCAAGCUCGCGAGGCAGCUGCUGGAUCUGGAGGGCGCCACGGAGGCCAAGCGCUGGCGGCUCGUCGCCAGCGCGUGGGUGGAGAUGUUCUGCUACGCCGCGGGCAAGUGCGGCGGGAGCGCCCACGCCCGGCAGCUCAGCCAGGGCGGCGAGCUGCUCACCGUCGUGUGGCUGCUCAUGGCGCACUUCGGCGUCGGCGACCAGUACAGGGUGGAGUCCGGCCACGCCAGGGCCAAGCUCGUCGUCGACACGUAA